CGCCAGGCUUCAGAAAUCACCAUGGAGCCCGAUAGCCCCGCCCCUGCGCCCAAGGGCCAAGAUGCAUGGGGUUUGAUUGGCUCUGCCCUCGAAGUUGGUGCUUUUACCGGCUGUGGCGGUCUGCUUCUAGGGGGCGCGCAGGGCAUUCUGUUUUCGAAUUCCCCCGCACUCUUCGCUGCCUUUUCCGGUGUCCAAUGGUUCACCGCCGGCUCCAUAUACUGGGGCACGCGAAGCGUCUUGUUAUACCGACCAGACGGUGAUGUCCGUGCCUUUUCGCCCAGCCAACGCGUCAAUGCUAGUACAAUUGCUGGUGGCGUUUCGGGAGGCAUUGUUGCAGCUGCAACACGUGGGCGUUCAAACAUAGUUCCGGGGACGAUCAUGUUCGCUCUAUUUGGCUUUGCUGGGCAAAGCAUCUACAAUUUUCUAGAUGCUCAACACUUAGAGCGCGAAGAAGUAGCCGCACAAGAGGGUAAAGAGCCGCAGCUUAGCCUGUUCCAGAAGCUCGCCAACUCUCGAUUUAGCCCUGUUAAGUCCCUUUCUAAUGAGGAGUACGAGGACAUGCUAAAAGAGAAGUUACUCCGCGUUGAAACGGAGAUUGCUUUGGUCGACGACUCGCUUGAAUCACUCAGACAGCAGCAAGCCCAAAAGAAUUCAAGCACCGAAAACUGACAUUCUACCGUUCGUGUUCCGCAAUGCGUACUGCAAUAUAGCAUAUCGAAUAAAUGAUGAGAAGUACCGCAAGCAGAGGAUUAUUCGGACACGAAACACCCGAGGCCAGCCACCACAAGUACCUUGUCCAUAACUUGCGUAAACCGGCUAUUUGUCAUUUUGUCACUGGGUUUUGUGCCAGUCUCAUGGGCACUGUCGAUAAAUAUGUGCAAAGUGAUUACGCUUAUACGGCGG